AUGUUUUGGGACGUUCCAGCAUCAAGCAAAAUUCUAGAAGAAUUUCGUCAACAUACAACUUCGGGGUUUAGUCCACUUACUCUAGAAAUGCAAACAACCCUUGUUGCUGUUGAUAAACCGAAGAAAGGAGGUAAGGGAUCAAAGAAAGGAGUAACAAAGGCUGCUACAACAGAAGGUCCAUCAGAAACUGCGAACCCAGACCCUCCAGUUCGCAAUGAAGAGGUUACCCCGAACCCAGAGGUAAAUCCAUUUAUCAAUGACUCUAUUCCUUCUCCUCCUCCUUCACCAAAAACAACCUCAACCCCUAUCACUAUUGCUCCAUGUCCCUCUCAUGUUACUUCAUCUCAACCUACAACUAUUUCUUCUUCCACACCAAUCUUGACUGAUUCAACCACAACACCCAUCACUAUAACGAACCCUGAAGUCACGGUCAACAUAUCUGAUACGGGGGCUGCACCUUCAUUCUUCUCUACCUAUGUUUCUUCAUCCAUCUCUCCCAUUAGCAAUGAUGAUCCAGAUAUGAUCUUUGGAGAUAUUGGUGAUGAUGAUGAUCUUGGCGGAUUCACUUAUAGUCCAUUUUAG